AUGCGCAUCUACACUUUCGUAUUCCUUGUCUCUAAUGCGGCUCCGACACGUGCCACUGGCUUGCCGGGGGAAUCUGAUCACUUGACGAUGGAGGAUAUUUCCACGGCCAGUGCUCCUCUCUUCAUUCAUGAUCCCAACAACACUCGUGUCAAUCGCUUGUUCAACUCCCGCGUCGCUAUGGACGAUGAAGAGAGAGCUCCAGGACUAAAUCUACCCAAGAUCUCAACAGUGCUAGAGGGGGCUCAAAAGACUGCCCGGUUCAAGUUAAAAGGAGGUGCUAGCAAAAACGAGAUCACGUUCAACGCUUUGCAUCGCCUAUCAGGCAAGAAUGGAAAACAAUUGAAGCUUGUGAAAGUGGGUUCACGAGAGUCUGCACAAGAAGAAAUGGACCGUCUGGACGAUGUGGUCAGGAAGAUGGAAACGCGUAAAUUCAGGGAAGGCUCCGACACGGCUAUAGUCGAUCUGAAAAUAUGGAAUAGCGCUUAUUCAAUCAAGAUGGUUGUUGCAGUCCUGAAGAGGAGGAAUUUCUUUCGCCAUAUAUGCUUCCAAAAGGUGCGAGCUUUGGAACAGUGUUUCGGAGAAAACGAGGCUGGACUGUUUGAGACGCUUUCGGAAGGCUUUGGUGGUAUGGCGAGCUUCACAUCCUUUUUGUCCAUCGCGAAGCGAAGUCCUAUCGUCGGGGACUUUGCAGAGUAUCUCCAGAAGAAGCUGCUACAAUUUUGGCGCAAUAGUGAGGUACCCGUCGAUGAUGUACUCAAUCUUCUGUAUUUGACGAAGAGAGGCUGGCGAUACGAAACCCUGGAUACUUUGGUUGAGUACGUUGCAGUGCUUAGCGAGGUAAAACCGAUCGAGGCGUAUCGAGAAACGAUUGAGCUUCUCAAAAAAAAGUAUUCUAAGCCCGUCAUCAUGCGUAUGAUUCCUGAGGGCAAAGGUGCAGCAGUUGAAUCUGCCACUUUGCAUCAACGUGAUGGGAAGGUGUCGAAGCAAACGGAUCUCGCCAAUGACCUUAAAAAAGCGCUGUUCGAGUCGUAUGAAGUUGGCGUGGGACCAACCCAUCGGUAA